CCCAGCCUGGAGGUGCGAGAGGAGGGAGCGCGGGGCCGGGAAGCUGGACCCACCGGCUCAGGAAGCUCCCUGGGCGCUGCCUGGGAGGAGGAGCGAGGCAAGCAAUGGGCUGCGGACCCUCCCUGCGUCCUGAGGACCAGGGUCCGGCGCUGGCGCCCAGGAAAGGCUGGGAAGAGGGAUCCAAGGCAGAUGUGAGGGUGACUUCUUCCAGGGAGACCUGCAACCCCCAGACUGAGGCUCGAUGGCCCAAAGACAGUGUGGACAAUGCUGAAAGCCUGGAUCAACAAGCCCGAAUAGGAAGCUUGCCUGGAACUAUUCCAGAAAGUUCUCCAUCUCAUAGUGAAAGAAAAGGGAGAGUCAAUUCAGAAGACCCAGUGACCAAUGGAUUAACUAAUAAACCCCAACUCCUAGAGAAUCGAGAGCGACUGAAGUCAUCAGACAUCCUGGAGGAGCUAAUCGUUCAAGGAAUCAUACAGAGCCAAAGCAAAGUGUUUAGAAAUGGGGAAUCAUAUGACGUCACGGUGGAUGCGACGGAGAAGCCAGUGAGAAAGCCACCAGCCAGACUGAAAAAACUUAAGAUCAAAAAGGAGGCAAAGGAUCUGACAAUCAGAGACAUUGAGGGGAAGAUGCAGGCAGCAGAGGGGCGCCGGAAGAGGAGAGAAGAAGAAAAAAGAAAACGACUACGGAACGACCGAGUUUUGCUCACAGCUAAUCCUUCCGAUUCAGCUGACCCGGCCAGGGCUCAGGCUCCACUGACAGAAGGCCUGCGGCCUGUGAGCUCUCCUGCUUCCGAAACAUCUUGCCUGCAGGAGGGAGAGCCACUGAAGAGGAAGAGUGAAAGUGACGUGGCCCCAAUGAACAGAAAUCACACCUGUGCAGGUUGGGGCGCUGUGGAGUCAGACAUGCACUACAACCAGGAGGAUGAUGUGUUCUAAUAAGCCACUAAAAACAAUUCACAAAAGAGGUCCAUUCUCUCCAGUUGUGAUGAUUUUACUGUCUCACGGUCUUCGACAAUGACUGUGAUUUUACCCAUUGGGAUUUCUGCCCAGGGUUAGGAUUGAUUGUGUAGGCAGUGGGGGCUAAAUUUUAGUUAAGUGAAUUAAACGAUUGUGCUCAAAAAGAGGGACAGGAUACAAGGUUGGUUUGUUCCCUCAAUAUGUUCUCCAACAUUGGUUAGAUGUCUUUCAUUUAGAAUUUCUUGCCAGGUUAAAUUAAUGUUUGUGCCAAAAGAAAUCUUUUUCUC